UGGCGUUCUGAAUGACCUCUCAUGAAUGGCCGCUUUACGCCGGAUGAGAAAGGCAUUUUUUUUUUUUUGUUUUGUUUGCAAAGGGAUCUAAACCCACAAACAAAACGAAUUUAUAACCUCCAAAUUAUUUCGAUUCGAGUAGAGUUUGUGUUUUUUUACCUAAAAAAGUGCAGUUUGCAGAGAAAUAUCAAGUGUAAAGUAUUAUACAUACAUACCAAGACCAUGGCCGAUGAUGGAGAAAAUGUUUCUGUUAUGACAGUAAAGGAACCACUGGAUUUGAUCAGACUUAGUUUGGAUGAGCGAAUAUAUGUAAAAAUGCGAAAUGAACGAGAACUAAGAGGAAAACUUCAUGCUUAUGAUCAACACUUAAACAUGGUUUUGGGUGAUGCUGAAGAAACCAUCACAACAGUUGAAAUAGAUGAAGAAACAUAUGAAGAGGUUUACAGAACAACAAAAAGGAACAUACCUAUGCUGUUUGUCAGAGGAGAUGGUGUAAUUUUAGUGUCACCCCCUGUUCGUGUUGGUGUUUAGUUAAUAAGUAAAUUAAGAAAUUAAAAAUAAAUUCAAAAUCAGAUAUUA